ACUGCGCAUGCACUGCUCCCGGAGUGCGCAGCGCGGCGAUCGGCGUUGCGCUGUGUCCCUCGGACACAGCAGAUCACCGAUCCACAGAAAGAAAUGAAGAUGUCGGCUCGGUCAUGUGAUCAGCUGUGUCCAAUCACAGCUGAUCACAUGGGACAUGUACACUGAUCAUCAAGGCACUGAUGAUCAGUGUGCCCUGAUGAUCAGUGUAGCGCCAGCAGUGCCACCUGUCAGUGUCCAUCAGUGCCAGCUUUCAGUGCUCAUCCAUGCCACCUGCCAGUGCCCAUCAGUGCCACAUCAAUGCCACAUAUCAGUGCCUACCAGUGCACAUCAAUUCCACAUAUCAGUGCCCAUCUGAGCUGCCUUUCAGUGUCACCCAUCAGUGCCAGUCAGUGCCACCUAUCAAUGCCAAUCAGUGCUACCUAUCAGUGCUGCCAAUCAGUGCCACCUAUCAGUGCCAGUCAGUGCUGCCUUUCAGUCCCGCCUAUCAGUGUGCAUCAGUGCCGCCUAUCAGUGCCCGUCAGUGCUGCCUAUCAGUGCCACCUAACAGUGCCAAUCAGUGC